AUGAGAUACAGAGAUAUUAAUAUGAUGUUAAUCAACUUUGUAUUUGUAAUACUUUGUUUAAUAGUAAGUUCUAUUAAUGUUUCAACAACACAGAAUAGUGCAACUGUAUCAUUCUCGACGCAAUACCCUUCGGUAUUAUUUAGCGUGUCGGUUGCUAACAGUGGCAUGGGAGCAGUGUCAAACUGUCAGAAUGUACCUGCUGGAAACUGCUUGAUUCAGGGGUUAGGUGCACCGGGCCAAUACAACGUCACUGUCAACUCUACAUCUGCUGGAUUCGGAGUACCUUCAUACACUGCAUCGAUCAUGGUCACACUGUACAAUGCACUUCAAAACCCAAUUAUCAGCUCAGUCUCUUAUACUGACAGGAUUGUAUUGAACUUUUACUCGGGUGGCAGUAUUGCCUUGACACGGUACACAGCCGAACGAAACGGUGUGGCUAUAUGCCAAGACAUCCCAGAUAAUACAUGUGAAAACACUGGGUUGAGUCCUGGCACUCCCUAUCAUUUCCAAGUACAGUCGAGGACUAUCUACCCGACUGGAGGUGGUUCUGUAUCGGCUGCUAUCGACUACUUUGUAUGGACAAUGCCACCUGCACCAUCUGGAACCAGUAUCAACGCAUCACGACCACAAGUCAAUGCCAUUACUGUCAACUGGGCAGAAAGCACACAAGGUGUACCAGGUGCCAACAAAUACUUUAUCCAACUGUACAACAGUCUCAGUCCCAACUCUCUCUACCAACCGGGUGAAUGUCAAAAUGUAACUGGUACAAGUUGCACCAUCAACAAUCUCAUCUCUGGUGCUGUCUACAACAUGACCAUCAUCACUCGUAACGCCAACUAUACCCAAGUCAAAUCCAUCCCCUACUUGGUAUCAACUCUUCCUCAACCAAAUUUUACUUGUAAUAAUAAUUGUUCAUCAAAUGGUGAUUGUAUUUUAGGAACAUGUAAUUGUUAUCCAGGAUGGAAUGGAAUUGAAUGUCAAACAAAUAUGAAUAUUUCAAGUCAAGAACAAAAGAAUACAACUGUUAAUAGUACAUGGAUUCAUAUUGAUUCGGAUAGUGCAGCUUUUAGAUUUGAUCUUGGUGAUUUGAUUGAAAGGGAUAUUGACGGAAACGCUGUAAAGAGUAUAUCGUUGGCAUCGCUCAAUUGGACAUUCUCACCAGUCAAGAAAACCAAUGUAACUGAACCAAUCCACCAAACACCAUUCCAAAUGAAACAAUGGAGUUAUGAAGCACCUACUGUCAACAAUUAUUUCUUUGGUAUCAAUAUUACAUUUACUCAAAUUGCCUAUUUGAACAAUAGUAAUCAAUUAUCAGAUACCUUUCCAAUUCCAUUUAUCAAUGGUACAAAUAUUUCUCUUAAAGUUGGUUCAGUUAAAUAUUCAAUUUCAAUCUCACAAUGGUUAUUUGAAAAUUUAAUAAAUACAUUGGAAUUAUCGUCACAAGUUAAAUUAUCGAAUCUAAAUUCAACUACACCAUUGUGUAUUUCACCAAUCAAGAAUAUAACAUCAAACUCUGUUGGUGAUAUUGAGGCUGCUGUUUCAAUAUUUGAUGAUGGUAAGGUGGCCUAUGCUAGAAUGCCAAAUCGUGCGAUCAUUGAUAAAUUCCCAAUCGUUCUAAGAAACACAUUGAUUCAAAAUACAAUUUCAAAUGGUACCAUUCAAAUCAUCUCCUCUAUUCCUCAUUUCUUUUCAAAUGCUUUAAUUGAUCCUGAUUUUUCAUUAUUAAUUAAUGGUAAGGAUGAAUCAUCAAGUCAGGAUGAUUGUAAUAGUCAAGAGAAUGGGGAUGAUGAGAAAAAUGAAAAUUGGAAAAAGAUUACAAUUGGAGUUGUAGUUGGUGUUGUUGGAGCUGCUGCAGUGGCGAUUGUAGUUGCCAUUAUCAUAAAAAAGAAUGGUCAUCAAUUUAGACUUUACACUUAUAAAUUAAAAGGUCAUGCAACUACAUAA